AGAGAACUACAUCGUUUGUAGACAUAUAUUUUAAGUCAGACACCAACAGAGACGGAAAGGAGUAAGCACAUACUUGUCAUGCAUGCUGUCACUCUGUUGUUGUGUGCGGCCUUCUCCUUCAGCUCUGUCAAAGAGGUGUGGAUGCAGGGGGAAGACUACGGGGACUAUGAGGAUGAACCGCCCCAGAACUGUUCCAUCGCUGAGAAGAUCAGAGGCGGCAACGUGUCCUACUCUCAGGCAGGUACCGAGGGCAGCGUGCUGACCUAUCACUGUAAGGCAGGACACUACCCGUACCCCAUCAGCCAACGGGUGUGCAGCGCCGAUGGGGAGUGGUCCUCCAUGAGACUGGCCGAUGGCAGACGAGUGUCGCAAGCCUCCUGUAAAGAGAUAAUGUGUCCAGGCCAGCUCCAAUUGGACCAUGGUGAGUUCUGGCCCAGGGGACAGUGGUUGAAGCCAGGGGAGAGCCAGAGUUUCUCCUGCCACAGUGGCUUCAGCCUGUCUGGGUCGGCUCAGAGGAACUGCACCUCUCUAGGAGACUGGACAGGCACCAUCCCAGUGUGUGAUAGCCAAGCUGAUGACUGUAAGAACCCAGGUGUGCCCCCGGGAGCCCUGAGGUCCGAGGGCCGCUUCCGGAAAGGGGAGAAGGUCCAGUACCGCUGCCAGAUGGGUCUGGACCUGUUGGGCUCAGCCGAGAGGGUCUGUCUGGAGUCCAGGGAGUGGAGCGGCUCAGAGACACGCUGCCAAACCCAGUAUGCCUUUGACUCCCCCAGUGCAGUGGCAGAGGCUAUGGGAGGCUCUCUGUCUGGAGUCAUGGAUGUUCUGUCACCUGAGUUCAUCAAGAAAAACAAAGGAGUCACCUUUGGUAGGACCCUGCGGGUGGCUGAUGGGCGUAUGAACGUGUUCAUCCUGAUGGAUACCUCAGGCAGCAUCUCCAAGACCCACUUUAACCUGGCCAGGGGCGCCAUUGCUGACCUCAUACGCAAGCUUGACAGCUACGAGAUUGAGCUGAAUUUCCAGGUGAUCUCCUACGCCAGCCAGGCCAAAGACAUUGUGGACAUUGUGUCCAGCAAGGAUGAGCAUGUCAGGAGCAACGUAAAAAGUGUCCUAAAGAGAUUGGCAGCGUUUGAUCACCGAAGCCACGGGAACAAGACUGGCACCAACCUGUACGCUGCUCUGUAUCGAGUGUAUGAACGCAUGGCCAUCCUGAGAGAGAGGAACAAGACCCGAUUCAAUGAGACGCAGAACGUCAUCCUCAUUGAAACAGAUGGGUACUCCAACACAGGGGGUAGUCCCCUGGCUGUCCUGGCUAAGAUCCGCUCCCUGCUUGGGUACAGCACCUCGGCUCUCGACCACACCGAAGACAAGCUGCUAGAUGUCUACGUGUUUGGUGUUGGGGACAACGUGAAUAAGAACGAGCUGAAUCUGAUUGCCUCUAGAAAGAGACAUGAGAAGCACCUGUUCAUUCUGAAAGACUACAAACAGCUGGGAGAAGUGUUCAACAGCAUGAUCAGUGAUAAAAGUGUGACCAUGUGUGGGGUGGCACAGGAAGAUGUGUCAGAGAAUCAGGAGGUGUUUGGGCCCACCAAGAAAGCCUAUACCAGGCCGUGGCAUGUCAAUGUCAUCACAAAUGGCGUUAAGUCUGAGACCUGCCAGGGAUCCAUCGUGACCCAGAACUGGAUCCUGACCGCAGCUCACUGCUUUUCUGCCAUCAGAUUUGAGGGGAAAGUGGACCAAGAGAAAGUGACUGUGAAGCAUGGUUUUGAAGGGAAUAAGGCAGCAAAGGUGCUGUUGGUGAUCUCGCACCCACAGUACAACGUUAACGGACUCAGCCACAAGAAGGUGAAAGAGUUCUACGACUACGACAUUGCACUGGUCAAGGUUGAAACAAUCAAGCUGUCAUGGACGGCGAGGCCCAUCUGCUUGCCGUGUACCAAGCCUGCCAACCGAGCCAUGAAGAUGAGUCCCAACUCCACCUGUGAACGACACGAGAAAGCCCUGCUACCCAUGGAGGAGACCAGAGCCUACUUCAUCAACAAGGGGGCUACAGUCAAGGAUGCAAAACGCAAGCAAACACACAUUCAUACAGGGAGUAAGAGGCCUGACUGUAUUAAACAGGCUGAGAACACACUUCUAACUCCUCACGAUGCAACUCUGAAUGAAUACGUGCCAGACAGGUUUCUGUGCUCGGGCGGAUCUGCCGAUCAUAUAGAUGCAGUAACUUGCAAAGGUGACUCUGGAGGCGCUCUGUUCCUUCUUAACAGACUGCGGUAUUUUCAAGUGGGAGUAGUGAGCUGGGGCACCAAGAACGUGUGUGAGCCACAAGACAGUAGUGACAGGCCCCCUCCUGAUGCAAGGGACUUCCACAUUAGUGUCUUCCACUUGCUGCCAUGGUUAAAACAGCACCUGGGGACGGAGCUGGAGUUUCUACCUAUGGACGACUGAGUUUCAACUUGGAUUCUCACAAAAAGCUUAAAAUAUUGAUUUAGUAGCGCCAAUUUAGGAAGGUGGCUUAAUAGCAGAAAAAUAUGUUUUUCCGUUUCCCUACUUUACAGAAUAGGACCCAUUGUAAAAUGAAUCAAAUUAAUAACAAUCUAUUAAAAUAUAAAAUGAAUUAAA